AUGAUCAUUGAUUUAAAGCAGAAAAGGGAAGAACUUAAAUUCGAUACACCCGAUUAGCAUAUUAUUGUGGCAAACAGAUUUAUUAUUGAAAAGAAAAUAGGCAGGGGUUCAUUUGGAGAAGUAUUCAAAGGAUUUGAUCAAGAAACAAAGACGCCAGUUGCAAUAAAAAUUGAACUCUCAAAAACAUUUUAAACAAGAACUUUGCUUGAAGGCAAAAUUUUGAAAAAGCUCUAGUCAUACGGUAAUCAAUUAGAUUUAGAGUUACUAAUUUACGAAAUAGAUGGAAUACCUAAAAUAUUUUUCUCAGGGACAGAAGGAGAUUAUAAUGUUUUAGUCAUUGAAUUGCUUGGACCAAAUCUAGAGGACAUUCUGGGAUAUUAAAACAUUAAUAGAGUCUAUGCUAUCGAUUUUGGAUUGUCUAAAAGAUAUGUCAAUCCUCACAAUGGCGAACAUAUUUCAAUGAAAAAGCAUAAAGGACUAAUCGGCACUGCUCGAUUUGCAAGUCUAAAUGCACACUUAGGACUAGAAUAAAGCAGACGUGACGACUUACAAGCUCUAGGCUAUUUAAUAGUAUACCUAGCAAAGGGCUCAUUACCAUGGUAAAGAGUUAAAGCUAAAUCUAAGUAGUAAAAAUACAAAAAAAUCUUUGAAAUAAAAGAUUCAUUCACAGCAGAGGCACUAACAGAGGGCCUUCCAGAGUUUGAAGAAAAACCUGAUUAUUACAAUAUGAGGUCAUUAUUUAUCUCACUAUUGUUGAGAAGUGGACUUUAGUAUGAUUUCAUGUUUGAUUGGAUGAUUUCCAAGAAGCAACGUCCACUGUAUCAAAAGAAAAUAAAGCGAAAAUUUAAAACUUAAUAGGUGAAGGAGGAAAAUUAGAAAAAAGAGCGAAAGAUUGGCCAGGAGAAUAACUUGCAAUAAAGCACUUAAUUAGAGAAUCAAAUGAUUAAUUUUGCGGGAAAUGAUAAUCAAAUUUUCAGUCAAUCAGACAUUUAAAAGAAAUUUGAAUCAGCUAAUAAUGUUCCAAUUAAGUUAAUAGAGAGCCCAAGAAACCAGGCAGAGUCAACGAAUGACCAAGACAAUAGACUGGAUGUUGCAUCAAGAGUUUAAAAUGUCAUUUAACUGUCUAAGAUUAAUAAUUAUGGAGAUUUAUAAGUUAUUCCUGAAAACAAUGAAGAGUAAGUCAGUCAUAAAAGUAAGAUAAGUGUUUUAAAAUUUAAGAACACUUUAAAGAUGAAAAGUGAUAUUAAUGUUGCAUAGCAAUAAAGGAGAUUUAUCUUCUCUCCAGUUAAAUAAAGAGUCAAUCUAAAAGUACCAUUGGAAAAGAGGACUUUAAAGUUGAAUAAAAAGUAUAGAUCUGCAUAACAUUUCCAAGUCAAAAGAGCUCAACAAUACUCCCAAAAACUCGUAUCAUAAUUUAGCAAUGAUUUAUCUGUAUUUGAUGAGCCCUUAGAUAUAGAUGAAAAUGUAGAAGAAAACACUUAAAAAUACUAGUUUCUGAUUCAUGGUUCAAUUCUUGAAUAAGAAAAAAAUCUGACUCCUAGUCCUUCAAAACAUUUUAGGGUUUUUAACCCUCCAAAUUUAGUAGAAUUACAAAACCUAAAUAUCCAUACUCAAGAGGGGCAUCGCAGAUAACGCUCAAAAUACUAGAAAUAAGCCCUUAUACGUAGGCAUGGAAAGUCAUUUGAUAAUUCAUAUUAAAUUGAUGAUGAGAAUGAUCAGGAGAAAGGGUCUUCUAUGUAGACUGAGUAUGAGGAUGAAUAUAACGAAUGCUUUGAGGAAAAUAAGACAAGACAUAAAAUUCACUUAAUUGAUACAUCUUAAGAAGACUCGUUUAGCUCAGAGGGAUCUCAAAAAAUCAAGUAACUCGGAGACAAUAUUCAAACUGAAUAGCUCAUAAAUUAUGGGAUUAACUCCCAGUUCAAAAAUUUAGAAGCCUAACCUACUUUGAAAAUAGAAUAAAAAUAGCCUUUAAGAAAUAGCGACACCAUUAAAAAUUAUAGAAGACUAUUAGCAGAAGAAGGAGACAAUCACAUCUUAAUUGCUCAAGGUAAUAGAAUUCAAGAGAGUGAUGAUGAUGAGUCUUACUCAAGUUCAGGAUAAGAAUCUGAUACAUAUGAUCCAAUAUUGGAUGAAAAUCAGCCUAAAAAAUAAGAUGAUGAAAAAUAGUGCAUUAUAUAUUGA